CUUCCUGUGACCCAUAUUCUGCUUACAAGUCGCUUGGAAUCCCACAUCUCUAAAGCCUUUCAGAACGAAGAGGUGCGCCCGUUGGUGUGCGAGAUGCCCGUGAAAACUUGCGGGAAAGGUGGCAUCAUUUCGUUGGACGGCGCAGACGUUGACAAGGACAUCUGUACUUUCUUGCAGCAUUCCUUCGAAGAGCUAGGAAGUCGUCGCCCCGAUUUCCCUCAGCCAUCGACGGAUGAUCUUGUGAAGCUGGCGAGCCGAGCGGGCAGACGUUUCAUUGUGGCGUCUACGAUGAUGAAGUUUAUUAUUGAUGAUGAAGACAAGGAUCCCAGCGAUCGGUUGCAGCUGAUGCUCAAGCUGACGAGCGAGCUGCUACCAGGAACGGAGGUGUUCAAGUUAUACGACUGUAUCCUCUCCACAUGUGCCGACCCCAAGCGUGCUUACAUGCACUUGUCCAUUGUCGCCGCCCUCGCAGACCCUCUUCCCAUCUCACAAAUCUCAUUACUUCUUGGAUCUGGUUUAGGCAGAGAUGUGCAGACGACACUGAUGCAGCUACGGUCUGUUGUGGAUAUCCCUAUAGAAAGCAUUCUUCCCGUGAAUAUUCACCACUCGUCCAUUCGUGACUAUGUCUCCGACCCCUCAAACUGCAGCCUCCUUCAAGUACAUGAAAUGUCAUCACCACACUCACUACUCGCUGAUUCGUCUCUUCGC